AUGCCAGCUGCUGCUUUUAACCCACCUGCCACCGAUCUACCCGGCAAGCCUGUUGUCCCUGAAUGGGUUCCUCCGCCAGUGACAAAGGAAAAGGAAAACUUUGCCGACCUUCAGUCCAUUGACUUGUCGCUACUUGACUCAAACGACCCCGCAGUUGUUGAUGAUCUGACUCAAAGGGUCAAGGCAGCGAUUCGGGAUGAUGGCUUUCUGUUCUUGGAGAACUAUGGGGUGUCUUUGGAACAGCUCCAUCGUCAAUUUAGUCUUGCUCAGUAUCUGUACCAGAAUAUCAGCGAACAGGAUAAAGAUCGUCUUAUUUUUAGCCCUGAGACCGGUGUAUGGUCGGGCUACAAACAUCCGUAUGGAUUCAAGAGGGAGCGUGGCCCUGCCGAUGGAAUUGAGCAAUUCAAUUGGUACAGGCCCGAUUGGGAUUCCUUGGAUCGCGUUCCAAAAUGCUUGCAUCCAUUCAUGGACGAGAUUGAAACAUUUUGCAAUUAUCUUACCCAGUCCGUGAACCGCCGUCUUCUGACACUGUUUUCCCGCGUAUUGGAGCUUCCCGAUGACUACCUCUGGGAGAAUGUGCAGUCUCAUGGUGGCCCAACUGGAGAAGGAUAUUUCCGUCAUGCACUUUUCCGACCGGUUCAGAAGCAAACAGAGGAGGCAUCCAAAGGACUACGCAUGCAUGGUCAUACAGACUUUGGGCUAACGACAUUACUUUUCUCAGUUCCUAUAUCUUGCCUGCAGAUUUGGGGUCGCGACGAAAAAUGGUAUUAUGUACCCUAUAAGCCAGGUGCUCUUGUUGUCAACAUCGGUGACACAUUGGAAAUUGUCUCCGGUGGUCAUUUUAAAGCUACUCGUCAUCGUGUCUUUAAGCCCCCGGUGGAUCAGACUCAUCAAGAACGUCUCUCUCUGGUGCUGUUCAAUAGCUCGGUAGGAGAUUUGCGCAUGACACCAGCGCAGGAAUCACCACUAAUUCAACGAGAGGGUUGUAUCGAGGAGCAAGGCGUUUAUAAGGAGUUCAAGAACCUCACUUCACAAGGAAGACUUGUGCCUACAAAUCGACAAUGGCGUGAGAUUCAAAUCUCCACCGCGACAGACCCAACAGAUACAGUGAGAAACAAAGUGGGUGCCGAUCAAAUUUUGAUUGAUGGCAAGAUCAUGCAUCAACGCGAGUAUAUGGGCGUCAAGGUGGUUCUACCUGUUUGA